CCAUACCGACACGCACGACCUCUCUCCUCUCUGCCACGAAGCAUCACUCCAAGAAACGACACCGUAUACUUGCUUCCUCAAACAUGGCCAUUCUUUUCUUUUAGUAGCCAAUCAAAGAACCAAUAUAAGCAGAUCAUAAACACAUAUGCAUUUGUGUCUGAAGUUUUUUCUCCUUUAUUUGGCCUGUGAUUCUGAGCUUUAAUUGAUAUUUCCUUCUUCCCCAUAUAAUACCGAAAGUAGUAACCUUGGAGAAAAACCAAUGGUGAAAGAUACCACUUACUAUGAAAUUUUGGGUGUCAAUGUGGAUGCAACUCCUGAACAGAUCAAGAAGGCUUAUUACCUCAAGGCAAGGAUCGUUCAUCCAGAUAAAAAUCCAGGUGAUCCGAAAGCAGCAGAAAAUUUUCAGAAACUUGGUGAGGCAUACCAGAUUUUAAGUGAUCCUGAGAAGAGGGAAGCUUAUGACAAACAUGGAAAGGAAGGAAUACCGCAGGAGUCCAUGCUGGAUCCUGCAGCUGUCUUUGGGAUGCUAUUUGGGAGUGAGUUUUUUGAUGACUAUAUUGGCCAACUUGCACUGGCUACAAUAUCAAGCGUUGAACUUGAGGAAGACACAAAAGAUGUUGAGAUCCACAAGCAGAGAGUUCAGGAGAAGUUGAGGGAACUUCAGAAAGAGAGGGAAGCAAAGCUCAUAACAAAUCUGAAAAAUCACCUCGAACCAUUUGUUGAAGGUCAAGAGGAGGAGUUCAUAAAUUGGGCAAAUUCAGAAGCAAAGCGCCUCUCUGCAGCUGCAUUUGGUGAGGCAAUGCUGCAUACCAUUGGGUACAUUUACACGAGGAAAGCUGCUAGAGAGCUUGGAAAGGAUAAAAGGUACAUGAAAGUACCAUUUUUAGCAGAAUGGGUGCGAGAUAAAGGACACAGUUUAAAAUCACAAGUGAUGGCAGCUUCAGGUGCUGUUUCUUUAAUUCAAAUACAGGAGGAUCUCAAGAAGUUGAACCAAACAGAAAACAAAGAGGAGAAUUUAAUGAAAGCCAUUGAGGAUAGAAAAGAUGCUAUGCUUCAGUCCCUUUGGCAGAUCAAUGUGGUUGACAUUGAGUCAACUUUAUCACGUGUUUGCCUAGCAGUACUUAAAGACCCUAGCGUGUCGAAGGAUGUUCUGAGGGCCCGGGCCAAAGGAUUGAAAAAACUUGGAACAAUCUUUCAAGGUGCCAAAAGUGCUUAUAUUAGGGAAAACAGCUUGCGCCAUGAAACCGACAAGCUAGGUGCUGCUUCAUCAUCAUAGUCAUAUUCGUAUGUAUUCGAUGUCAUUUCUCUUCUUCCAUGUAAAUGCAGUUUUUGAAAUGUUUGGUUCUGUAUCUGUAGCUUUAUAUCCUUCUGUUUACUCGGAACAUUGAGUUGAUGACCAAUUGCAUUAUGUUAAAAAUGGUUUCUUGAUUCAUUUUGGAAUAUGUUUGAUGCUAUGCAAUAUUUUAUUUUAUUGGUAA